AUGGGUUCAAAAUUUAAUCAUCUCACAACUCAGCAAAAGUCUGAAAUAAUUAUGUUGUACAAGCAACGUGUAUCUAAUACCGAAAUCGCUAAGCGCACGAAUGUAUCGAGGAGGUCGGUGCAAUUGUGGGUUCACCGAUUUGCAGCUACUGGUAAUAUUGGACAUGAAGCGCGUGGUCCUAAAGUACAAGGAGCUUCCUCAACUCAUCACAGAGCAGUAAUGGAAACGUAUAAAAGAGAUCCUUGUGCGCCAAUCCGUGAAAUUGCAAAAUCACUAUAUAUCAGCCCACAGACUGUGAGACGCCAUUUACAUUUGGCUGGUGUACCUCUUCACAGGCCACUGAAGUGCUCACAAUGCAGGAGUCGUAACUCGAAUACGGGAGUCAAAAUAUUAAAUGGGAAGGUGGUCUGUCCUAAUUGCAGCGCGGAUAUAGAAGUAGAGGAUAGACAGCAGGAGAAAUUAAACGCGAUGCUAGUUCGGGUCUACUCGUACUUUGCUAGUACGAAUGCAGGACUGUCACAUACACAGCUCCAAAAGCGCACGGCUCUGUGCAGCGGUGUCAGCAAGGAUGACGUGGAACGAGCAUUAGAAGUACAUCAUCAGGCGCAGUAUGCUGGGGCACCAGCCAGGAAGCGAUGGAGAAUACGGAAAAGGAAAUCAAAUACACCAUCGCCGGAACAACAAGAGCAGUCAGGGCAAAUGGAGGACCUUCUUGAAGAAAGGGUUUUUGUUCAGAAUGAAAACGACACAAGCAAUGAGGAAAAUCCCCUUUACAAUGAGGACACCAAGCCUGAUGUAGCUGAUAUACCUGUACCUCUACAGGAUCCAUCAUCAUCUCCAGUACAAGAGCAGUCGGGGCAAAUGGAGGACCUUCUUGAAGAAAGGGUUUUUGUUCAGAAUGAAAACGACACAAGCAACCAGCUUCAAUGUGAGACUGAACAUUUAGAGACAUUAUACUUGAAGACUGAGCCACAAGGAAAACUACGAACAUAUCCCUCCCAUCGAUCAAGAGACAGAAAAUCAAAACACAACAGUUAG